UUCUUUCCUUCUUUCCUUCUUUCUUUUUUUUUUUCUACUAUUUCUUUUGGACAAAAAUAAUGUCUUAUCAUAUCGAAUACGCAAAGAGUGAUAGAAGUUCAUGCGCUGGACCAAAAGAUAUUUGUCCAGCCAAGGAUAAAACCAUUGAUAAAGGAGAACUGCGUUUUGGUGUAGAAGUUCCUCACCUUCAUGGUGUUACUUGGAGGCACUGGACAUGUAUCACUGAGACAGUAGUUAGUAAUAUGAAAAAGGCUGUUUCAUCUCCUGAAGAAAUUAAAGGAUUCGAUGAAAUUAGAGAAGAGGAUCAAGAACGUAUACGUCGUACUUGGGAAGAAGGUCAUGUUCCUGAUAAUGAACAACCUGAGUCUUAUUCUGAAAAAAGUAAAGAUAAGGAGGAAAAGACUGAUGAAAAGGAUGAAGAUAAACUUUCUUCAAAGAAUGAAAAAAGAAAAUCUAUAGAUGAGGGUAAGCAAAAUGAAGAGAAUAAGAAAGCAAAGACAAUCAAACAGGCCCCAAAAGUAUCAAGAAAUACACCUAGAAAGAGAGUAACUAAGCAACCUACCGAGCCUACAAGAAGAUCACCCAGAAAUAUAUCUAGAACUCCACAAGAAAAAAAUAAACAGGAGAGUAAUAAUGUCGAUUCAAAGAAGAGAAAAGCUGGUAAAUUAGGAACUGAAGCCAAGAAAGCUAAAAGCAAUAAAUAA